AUGUGGCUCUUGGGUUUCUCCACAAACAACAGAAGAAGCUUUUGGGUAAUUGGUGCAAUUGUGCUGGUGAUCCUUCUAGCCAUGAUCUUAAAGAGGUGGUUGGUCUACAUGGAGUCUCGUGCAAAUGAAUGUUCCAAAAGAAAAUUAGAUGGUCAAAAACCACACCAUGGGUUAAAUUCAAGUUGUUUAUGCACUGCAUGUGGUUUGUGUUAUCCUGGUCACGUUAUAAGGACAUAUGCACUAGAAGAACUGAGGACGGCCACAAGGGAAUUCAAGAUUCGAAUAGGAAUCGGAGCCACUUCUUUCGUGUAUCUUGCGGAGCUUGGUGAUGGGAGAUUUGGUGCCGUGAAGCGGGUGAUGGAGGAGAGAGGCGGAAGCAAGAAGAUAUUCUUGGAUGAAGUUUCAGUUCUGCUAAGGAUUUCUCAUCCAAAUUUGGUGGGUUUAUUGGGUUUUUGUUCUGAGAAAGGAGAACAACUGCUGCUGCUAGAGUAUGUUCCAAGCAAGAGUCUAUUCGACAGGAUGCACACGUACCAAGGCCAAUUAUCAGGGACAUUGGCAUGGUCGAACCGGCUAAGCAUUGCCCUAGACAUCGCUCUGGCGCUAGAUUACCUCCAUUCACAAGCCGAUCCACCCAUCAUUCACAGAGAUGUCAAGUCCUCCAACAUUCUCUUAAUGGACGACAACCAUGCCAAACUUGCUGACUUUGGACUUUGCAAAUUGGGUUAUGACACCAAACUUGGCUCACAAACACAAACUCCAACCAGUGUCAAAGGUUCUUUUGGUUAUGUCGACACUCAUUACCUCAACACAGGCCUAGUCUCAGCAAAGAGUGAUGUUUAUAGUUUUGGAGUCCUACUGCUUGAGCUAAUAACAGGCCUCAAAUCCACACAAGGGUCAGUGACACUUGCAGGAUGGACAGAGGAUUGCCGGAAGAACAAUGACAUUGAGGUAUUGGCUAAAAUGUUGGACCCAAAACUCAAUGGCAAUGCAGAUUCAGAGCAGCUUCGGGUGUUGAUCAAUAUAGCCAACUUGGCAUUGCUUGAGAAUUCUGAAGGAAGACCGGACAUGAGCUACAUUGUAGAUAGGAUUUCUAGUUGUAUGGAAUGUCAACUUCAGCAAGAGUUACCUGUAUAA